CAGAGAAGAAAAAUGGCGGCUCAAGGCGAACCUGAACGGGACGCCGGGCUAACGUUUUGAGCUUUUACGCCCGAAAAGACCAAGGGGCUUCAUAGGGAUACUGCACCGUUUGAAUCCUCACCUGUUCAACUUUGUGGCGGUACGGUUUUUGCUGGUAUUCGUGUAUGCCAAAUACGCGCAAAAAUUGGGACUGUAAAAUAAUAGAUUUCGUCUAUCAUGAGAGGGAAAAGGGGCAGGCCGCCCAAACCGCUACAACCCGAUGAGCAAUCCCCAGCUACGACCAGGGGCUUGCGACCCAGGAGGAAUCUGAAGCCCAGGUUUAGAGACAGUGGGGACGAGGACGGCGAUAGCCCCAUAAGGGAGACCCCCAAGUCCACCAGAAAGAGGAAAGGGGGAUCUGUAACGUCAACACGGGGCAGGGGACGAGGUAGAGGUGGCGGUGGUGGCAGAGGAGGCAAAGGUGGUCGUGGGGGCAGGCGAUCGGCUGCGCCCAAAACAGUGGUCUACGAUGACCACGAGAGCGAGGAAGACGAUGACGCUGUGAGUCUAAGGUCUGAAGAGGAAGAGUUUGUUGAGGAGGAACCUCAGUCAGAAGAAGAUGAGGCCCUCAAAGAGGAUUCUGAUUGCCUUGAAGAUGAUGUGCUGGACGAGGAAGAGGAUGUUGCCAGCUACUGCACAGAGAGUAGCUUUCGGAGUCAGAGCACACACGCAAGCACUCCGGGGAAGAAAAAAGUACGGGCACCCCGACCUCGCACCCCCAUUCUUGAGAACAAGGAGAUUCCUCCUCUUGAGCUUCCGGACACCUCUGAGGAUCUCUUGGUGCCUAAUGAGGAGCUGCUCAAUGCCACCUCCAUCUAUGAGGUGCUACGGAACUUUUGCACUGUGCUGCGUCUCUCCCCUUUCCGCUUUGAGGAUUUCUGCGCCUCUCUGGUUGGCCAGGAGCAGUGCACAUUAAUAGCAGAAACCCAUAUUUCCCUGCUAAAGGCCAUCCUACGCGAGGAAGACUCCUCCAACACUACCUUUGGCCCUGCCGACCUUAAGGACAGUGUCAACUCCACUCUUUUCUUCAUUGAUGGGAUGACCUGGCCUGAGGUUUUGCGGGCUUACUGUGAGAGUGACCAGGAGUACCAUCAUGUUUUGCCAUACCUGGAGAUGGACGAAUAUCCCUAUGGUCCUCUUGAAAGUAAGAUCAAGGUGCUACAGUUUUUGGUGGAUCAAUUCCUCACCACUAACAUCGCUCGGGAAGAGCUUCUGUCUGAUGGGAGUAUGCAGUAUGAUGACCACUGCCGAGUGUGUCACCGCCUGGGUGACCUCCUUUGCUGCGAGACUUGCACAGCGGUCUACCACCUGGAGUGCGUAAAGCCGCCGCUGGAGGAGGUUCCAGAGGAGGAGUGGCAGUGUGAGAUUUGUGUGGCGCACAAAGUGCCAGGGGUCACAGACUGUGUGACAGAGGCACAGAAAAGCAGGCCCUACAUCCGCCAGGAGCCCAUCGGAUACGAUCGCCACCAGAGGAAAUAUUGGUUCCUUGUUCGAAAGAUUAUUGUGGAGGAAGACGGGGAGCAUGAGAAGAAGAAGAUCUGGUACUACAGCACUAAGGCACAGCUGGAGGAGCUCAUCGAGUCCCUGGAUAAGGAAUACUGGGAAACGGACCUCUAUGCCACCCUGGAAGAAAUGAAGGAGGAAGUGCAAGCUCACAUGGACAUCACAGAGGAGCUUACCAACAAAGCACGUGGGAACAGUAAAGCCUACCUCACCGCUGUCAAUGAUGUGACGGUAGAGCGUUUAAAGAUCAGACGGGAGGGGAAGAGGCGAUCAGAGGAGGCAAAGCAGGAGACGGACGGUAUUUCUGCGAAUCCGGCUGAGGACAAUGCUGAGCCUUCGUCGCAGCUCAACAAGGCAGAGGAUGCGGCGUCGAUGGAAGAUGGAAGUUCACAAGCAGCUACCGUUGAGCCUGCUGCAGAGGAGGGAUGCGCGUCAGAUAACCCCGCCUCUGCCACCCAGGAUGCAACUGCACCUAAGACAGAAUCACUUGAAUCAAAAAACGAAACACAAACUGCUCGUUCUGGGAGCCCGGAGCGCGGAGAGUCUCCUCCAGGGGCAAAGCAGGGAAGGACAGAUGAGGCCCAGAAAUCAGAGUCCAGCAGCGAAGUUGCACACCGUGAUGACUCCAAAACACCGACCCAAGAUGAAUUGCAGCAGCAGCCGUCUCAGCCAGAGGCAGCGAGCAACGCCAGCCAAGUUUCUGGAUCUGGGAGCCUUAAGAAACUGGAGCCACCUGACCUGGCCGACAGGUCCUCCCAGUCCUCUUUUACCAGCCAGGACGGGACAGAUGAAUAUCAUGAGAAGAUAAAACCUGAAAAAGCUUCGGGGCAGGAAUCAACAAACCACACGUCCAGAAACAGCAAAGAGUCAUCUCCUCUAUGUUUCGAUGGCAACACUUCUCGCCUCAACUUCUUGAAAAGGGACCUGACGGUGAAUUUAAACAACUUGUUCAAGCUGGGUCAGGAGGGUAAAUACAGGGUCUACCAUAACCAGUACAGCACCAACGUCCUGGCUCUUAACAAGCAUCAGCACCGGGAGGACCACGACAAGAGGCGCCACCUCUCCCACAAGUUCAGCCUCACCACCGUGUCCGAGUUCAAAUGGAACGGCUCCAUCUACGGUUCGCGCAGCCUGACCGUCUCCACGCUGCGUCUCACUAUCAUCCAGCUGGAAACGAACAUCCCCGGACCGUUUAUGCAUCCCAACUGGGCCUCACACAGAACCAACUGGAACAAAGCGGUGCAGAUGUGCAGCAAAGCCAGGGAAUUUGCUUUGGCUUUAGCUAUACUGGAGUGUGCAAUCAAACCAGUGGUUACGCUGCCAGUGUGGAAAGACUCUCUUGGACACACAAGGUUGCAUCGUAUGACCUCCAUGGAGAGGGAGGAGAAGGAGAAGGUGAAAAAGAAAGAGAAGAAGCUGGAGGACGAGGAAACCUUGCAGCAGGCUACCUGGGUGAAGUACACCAUUCCCAUCAAACACCAGGUGUGGAAACAGAAAGGGGAGGAGUACAGGGUGACAGGAUAUGGAGGUUGGAGCUGGGUCAGUAAGACUCGUGUGCACCGUUUUGUCCCAAAACUUCCAGGAAACACAAACGUGAACUACCGGAAAGAGCUGGAGGCAGCUAGGCUGAGGAAGGAAAACGCAGCUGCGUCUGUAAAUAAGCAGAAAGAGUCGACAGAAAGCAAGAAGCAGGGCACUGAAAACAAGGAAAACGCAUCCAUCACUGCGUCGUCUCAGAGCUCGUCUGCAGCAGAUGAUGGCAAACCUCAGACCAGCAAAGAGGAGGAAGAAACUGCAAAGGAAGAGCAGGAAAACAAAGCCGAAGAGCAGGAAGAAGAUGAAAAAAUGGAGGUAGAAUCCUGCCAGGAAAGGUCUUCCGCUGACAAAGAUGAUAUUGAAACCAAACACUCUCACUCGAAUGUUCUACAUCCUGCAGGAGAAAAACCAAGUCAGACAACCAAACAACUCAAGAAGGACGAAGCAGCAGCAUCAAAACUCUUCCAUGAUGUUGUGAAUGUCAGUGAGGGCUUCCAGCUGCGAACGGCUUACAAGAAGAAGGUAAAACCGUCCAAAUUGGAUGGACUCUUGGAGCGUCGGGUAAAACAAUUCACCUUGGAGGAGAAGCAGAGACUUGAGCGGAUGAGACAGACAGCUUCGUUGUCCAAAACGUCCACCACAAAGCCCACGACUGCAGUAAAGACUGAAGGAUCGGCAUUAAACAAGCAGCCGCCUGCUGCGACCCCGAGUGUUAAAGCAGAAGAGAAGGAGGAGGACCUACAGGUGAAAGACCACGUGGUUAAAAAGCUUGAUUUUGAGCAGGAAGACUCGGAGACUAAAACUGACAGCACAGAUGUCAAAUCUGAAGCUACAGCACCUAGCAAGGCUGAGCUAAAUAAUGUGCAUGGGAACGGAGGGGAUGUCUGUAAAGAAGUGAAUGGAGAGCCUGAACUGAACAAUAAAAACAACUGUGCAUUGGAAACAAUAGAAAGCAGUGAAAAAACACAGAAACCAGAAGUGACUCGAGUGGCAGAGAACCCUAAGAAACGCGGGUAUGACAAAAUGGAGCAAAGCAGCGUACAGAGCAGCACAGAAAGCACAGACGUAACCCAAAGUAAGACCAGCCCAUCACAGGUGAAUGGAAAAGACAUCAAGUCAGACCCUCUGAUUCAAGUCCAAAGUGACAUCAAGGAGCUUCAAAAAGAGCCCGUCAAGUCUUUGAUGAAUGGGAACCUCUCACAAAACGACGUGAGCCUCCCACCUCCACUUAAAGUCCCAAAAUUAGAGAACCACGUGGAAGAUAAAGGAGAGGUUCUUGGUAAGAGUGGAGAUGUGGCUGUUACCGGUGAGGGGCCAGCAAAGAUCGAUUCCCCAACCUCGUUGUGCAACAAUAGUCAGAAUACUGAUAGCUUAAAGACUUGUGUCUCUAAUAAUCCCUCGAAGGAAUCUCCAAAUCCCCUCAUGAAUGAUGCAUCCAGCAGCACCAGUAAACCUAAAGCAGCAUCUCAAGCAGCGAUUAACUCAGACGCCUCCGUUACGGCUUCCUCCACCGCUCAUCCCAGCUCAGGAGCAGCCAUCCCCCAGAAGAGGAAGCCUACCGAAAAAACGAGCGCCUCCACUUCCACAUCAACCAGUACCAUGAUGAUUAGCAAAGAGUAUUCAACUAGAGACCGAGUCAGCCUACUCAGGUUCUCCAAGUCCAAGAAGGCACGCUCGGGCACGGCACUACCGUCUUACCGCAAGUUUGUCACCAAAAGCAGCAAGAAGAGCAUCUUUGUGCUGCCGAAUGAUGACCUGAAGAAGCUGGCGAGGAAGGCGGGCAUCAGAGAAGUGCUCAUCUUCAACUACAACGCCAAGCCGGCUCUGGAUAUAUGGCCGUACCCUUCACCUCGGCCCACCUUUGGGAUCACAUGGAGGUACCGCCUCCAGACUGUGAGAUCACUCGCAGGGGUCAGUUUGAUGCUGAGGCUGCUGUGGGCCUGCCUGAGGUGGGACGACAUGGCUGUGAAGCCCUCUGCUGCUGUUGGGACAACUCGGAAAGAAACCACAGACACAGACAUCAUCACAACAGAGAUAAUAAAACGAAGAGACGUGGGGCCCUAUGGCAUCCGCUCCGAGUACUGCAUCAGGAAGAUCAUCUGUCCUCUCGGAAACAGAGACACUCCCAAAGAAACACCGACUCCUCAGAGGAAAGGCCUGCGCUCAAGUGCCUUAAGGCCCAAGAAGCAGGAGCCAGCCAAGCUGAUGGGGCCUGUUGCUGUGGAGACGUGGGUCCCUGAAGAAGAACUGGAGCUGUGGGAGAUCAGAGCUUUUGCAGAGAGAGUGGAGAGGGACAAGUCGCAGGGUGUGGAUCCAUCCAAGGCUGGCAGCGCUCUGAAGACGGCAGAAGAAGUCAAGGCUCAUCUGGAGAAUCAGCUGAAGCAAGCUAGACUUGCUGCCCAGCAGAAACGCCUUGAGCAGCAGAGACUGGGCACCACGGUCACCACAGCCACAGCAACCUCCACCACUGCCUCAGCCAGCACUCCCAGUAGUCCAGCUUCUACCGGCCAGAGGCCUGGUCAAGUAACACCUGGAGCCAAGAUGGUCCUGGCGUCCAAACUGGGCUCCCCGGUUUCAUUCCAGCAAGACAAGAACUUCCAUCAGUCUUUCGCAUCCUGGGUGAAACAGGGACAGACCAACAACGGCUCAGCCUCCACUGGCUCGGUGGCCACGGUGGCUGGCAGCAUCACAACCUCAGAGCAAACCUUCCAGAUCCCUGGCAGCCCAGUGACUGUGGCUGGCCAGGUCCUCGCCGCCAAACUGCCGCUGCCCGCUAACAGCAAGAUUGUCGCGCUCAACAUGCCUUCCACUCAAGGAGGUGUCGUUCAGCAAAAAGUUCUGGGCAUUUUUCCCUCUGGGCCUCCUGCUAACCUGAGGACAUACAGCACACUACAUCCUACAACUGGCAACAUCAACCUCAGAGCUGCAGCCACUCAGCAACAGGCCACCAAUGAAGCAGGAGGCCAAACACAACCUGGUGCAGCAGUGAACCACACACUAACCCCGUCUACCUCUGUGGGCACCCCGAUGAACAGAAGCUCAGCAGUGGCUCAGCAAGGUCAGCCUCAGCAGGCUGCAUCCCGUCAGCUCGCAGCCCCAGCUGUCCCUGGUUCUCCUUCUACUCCAAGAGCAGCAGCACCGUCGCCUUGCGCUGCCACCACGGCUCCUGGACAGUCUCCUACAGCUUCAUCUCAGACCCCAAGACCCCAGCAGGGUCAAGUAAAACUCACAAUGGCUCAACUCAUGCAGCUGACACAGGGUGCACAGGGAGCAAACCCAGGUCUGACAGUGGUGAUCCAGGGUCAAGGCCAGACCCAGGGCCAGCUUCAAAUUAUCCCACAGGGUGUUACGGUCAUCCCCGGCCCUGGUCAGCAGCUAAUGCAGGCAGCCAUGCCCAAUGGCCAAGUCCAGCGCUUCCUCUUCACUCCUAUACCCCCAUCCUCAUCGGCUUCAGCUCCCACUACCACUGCUACCCCUUCAAAACCUGCCACAGCUCAGACCCCUCAAACCCAAAUGUCAACUCAAGUCCCCGCACAAGUCCAAACAACUCCCUCAGCUUUAGCCCAAACACAAAUGACAGCCCCUUUGCCUUCCCCCACACAUUCUACAGGCCCUUCUCAAAAGCCCAGUUUGGCCCCUAGCUCAGUUUCUGCUUCUAUUCAAACCCAAGUCACUCCCCCCUUGGCUCUGCCACCACAACCUGCAGUUCAGGCUUCCCUGCAAACACAGUUUUCCUCCUUAACUGCUUCACCCUUCCCUGUUCAAUCACAGAUGGCUGCUUCAACACAGGUUUCCUCCUCAGCACAAAAUACAAGUCCAGUUAUGGCUCCGAAACCAACCCAAGCUUCCACAUUUACACCAAGCUCACUCCCUGUACAAGCUCACACUGCAGGUUCACUAUCUGUCCAACAACAGGCUGUCAAGCCACAAUCCCUCAGCCCUGCCCCAGUUUUACCCUCACCCCCAGUCCAGAUGCAGGUCCCUGCCUCAGUCAAACCUGUUUCCCAAGUCUCUUGUACUGCAGCAGCAGCUGCUACCACCUCAGUCCAAAUGCCUGUUUCCGCCUCACUUUCUUCACCUGUCAAAGUCCCAACCCCAGCCCUCGCACCUGUCUCUGCUCCCAUCAUGGCUAUCGUGUCCACCCAAAUUGCUGUCCCACCUCCAGGACAAGCUCUAACCCAAAUCCAAGCAGCAGCUCCGGUUCCUCUUCACGCAGCUGUUGCAAACGCUGUCGUCACACCAGUCACAGCCACCUCUACAACACCUUCAGUGCCAGCUCUGAUAGAACAGAGGACAGCUCAGCCCCAAGUUUGGACUCCAGCUUCAUCUCAAGCUCAGACUCCUGUUCAGACAUCUCAGCAGGCUGCAGCUCCAGCUACGCCACCUGCCCCUGCACCGGUGUCCGUCUCCACACAUUCCCCCGUUACUCCUUCUCCUCAGGCGUCUCUGACUCCUCAGUCUCAAGCACAAGUCCAGCAGCCUGCUGUUGUAUCCAUGCAGCAGCUGCCUCAUAUGCCCAUCUCAGCGGUGCAGGUUCAUAUGAAGGCAUUACCAGUCUCCUCUGUAUCCACAUUGAGACCCACACACCCUCAGCUCCAGCCCCAAGUCCAUACUCAAGCUCAGAUCUGUGCACAGGUUCAGGUCCAGCCAUGUGGUCAAGUCCAGCAUAUGCCACACAUGCAGGCUCAAGCUCAGAUUCAGCCCCAAGUCAGAGUUCAGUUUCAACCACAGGCACAAAUUCAGCCACAAAUUCAACAAUCACCUCAAGGCCAAGUACAGCCCCUCGCUCCCAUUCAACCACAGGUUCAGUUUCAGUCUCCGACCAAAACCUUGCCCCAGAUCCAGCCCCAAAUCCCGUCCCAGCUUCAGCCAAGGGUCCAGCCUCAGUACCACCCCCAUGUUCAAGCUUCAUUUCAAACACAGCCACAAACACAACCUCAGGCUUUGCAACAGCCUCAGGUCCAGUCUCAGGCCCAAACUCCACUUCAGCCACAACCCCAGAUCCAGACCCAGCUCCAUCCCCAGGUUCAGGUCCAGCUCCAGCAACAAAACCAGAUUCAACCUCAGGCUUUGCCACAACCACAGGUCCACGUUCAAACCCAACCUCAGUUUUCAGUCCAGUCACCACAACAGACCCAAGUCCCUCAACAGCUUCAGGUCCAAGCAAAACUCCAAGUCCAGUUCCAGCCUCAGAGCCAGACUCAAGUUCAGACACAGCCUCAGAUUCAGGUCCAGUCUCCAAUCAGGCAUCAGCUCAUCACCGUUCCAGGCCUCCAGCAGCCAGUCCAGCUCCUCUCAGCCCUUCCGCCUCACGUCGCAGCCCAGAUCCAGGCCCAGAUCCAGGCUCAGGCCCAGCAGCAGGGCGGCACAGUUCCUCAGCAAAUUAAACUACAGCUACCCAUCCAGAUCCAGCAACCAGGGGGGCAGAUUCAGGCUCACCAGAUCCAGAACAUGGUGACCAUACAGGCACCAGCAAGUGUUCAAGAGCAGCUUCAGAGGAUCCAGCAGCAACAGCAGCAGCAAGUACAACAACCAAAGAAGAAGAAAAAUGAGUCUAAAAGGGAACAGAAGGAGCAGAAUGUGCAGGUGGUUAGUCCCAAGGAUGGCAUCCAAAAGCAGGUGGCAGCGAAGCAGAAUUCUUCAGCAGAACAGCUGAAACAGAGGAAGAGCCUGGCUGCAGCUGAGCGAGAGGAAAACCAGAGAAUGAUUGUGUGCAACCAGGUGAUGAAGUUCAUCCUUGACAAGAUUGAGAAGGAUGAGAAGCAGGCAGCUAAGAAGAGGAAGAAGGAGGAGGUGGUGGAGCAGAAACGAUCCAAGCAGAACGCCACCAAGCUGACCGCGCUGCUGUACAAGCACAAAGAGCAGCUGAAGGCUGAAAUCCUGAAGAAGAGGGCGCUGAUGGACAAGGAGCUGCAGCUGCAAGUGCAGGAGGAGCUGAGGCGGGACUUGGCCCGGCUACAGAAGGAAAAGGAGAAAGCCCGAGUGGCUAUCGCUCAGGCUGCCGCUGCUACAGUCAAAGCAGCCUCUUCCCACUCAUCCCACCUUGCCCACCCUACACAUUCCUCUCACAGCUCCCACACAGUGACCUCAUCCUCCUCAUCCCAUAAACGUAAGAGAGAAGACGAGAGAGACAGAGACAUAAGCAGAGACCGAGACAGGCACCACGACAAGAACAAGAAACGAGAGAGGGACAAAGACAGAGACCGAUACAGAGACAGAGACAAAGACAGAGAGAAAGAAAAAGAGAAAGAGAGGGAGCGAGAGCGGGACAGAUGUCGGGAUAGAGACAGAGACAAGGACAGAGACAAGGACCCAGAUUCCAGCUUGUCGAAACACAAGAAGAAGAAGAGGAAGUUGUCUUCUACCUCAAAGGAUCACAAGAGGGACACCAAGCUGUACUGUAUCUGCAAAACGCCCUACGACGAGUCAAAGUUUUACAUCGGGUGUGACCUGUGCUCCAACUGGUUCCAUGGCGCCUGCGUUGGCAUCACAGAGAAAGAGGCCAAGAAGUUGGAGGACUUUGUCUGUAAUGACUGUAAACGUGGUCAGGAGGGAGGAAGCAACGAGGAGCUGUACUGCAUUUGCAGGACACCAUAUGACGAAUCGCAGUUUUACAUCGGCUGUGAUCGCUGCCAGAACUGGUACCACGGCCGCUGCGUGGGCAUCCUGCAGAGCGAAGCCAAUCACAUUGACGUGUACGUGUGUCCGCAGUGUCAGUCGACAGAAGACGCCAUGACGGUACUUUCGCCGCUCACAGACAAAGACUACGAGGGGUUGAAAAGGAUAUUACGAUCUCUACAGGCGCAUAAAAUGGCAUGGCCUUUCCUCGAACCAGUAGAUCCACACGAUGCACCAGAUUAUUACCGUGUGAUCAAGGAACCAAUGGACUUUUCAACCAUGGAAACCCAUUUGCAAAACCGACAUUACCAGAAACUUACAGAGUUUGUGGCAGACGUGACCAAAAUCUUCGACAACUGCCGCUACUACAACCCCAACGACACGCCCUUCUUUCAGUGCGCCGAGGUGCUUGAAGCCUUCUUCGUGCAGAAGCUGAAAGGCUUUAAAGCGAGCAGAUUGUCAGAUUCUUAGGUGGGCCAGUCUAGCUGGAGUCUGGACUGGAUGCUGGGGGUCUCUAGUCAUACUGACAUGAAAACUUUGUUUCUAAAACAGCAAAAAAAAAAAAAAGAGAGAGAGAAGAACACACUCAAACACCACAUGUGCUUUUGUUUGUUUGUUUAUUAGGUUUUUUUCAGGAAGCAAUUACAAACAUACGACACUGUAAAGACAGUAAAAUGGCAGCCAUGUUGAAAUCAUCCCCACCAUCAUCAUGUUCUCAUCCCAAACAUGAAGCCUUUCACUCACUAGAUCAAGUUCAGUAGGAUUUUAACUGCAGUUUUAGUUUCUAACUUGUAUUUAUUUCUGUUGAACAUUUGCGUUUUGGUUCUGAGAAUGUAGACUUAAAAUAAAUAAAAGCUACAUAUUUUAUUAUUGAGAGAUAUAUUUAUGAGGCAUCUUGGAUGUUUCCCCUCAGUCUGACUUCAUCUGGAUAUUAAAGUGGUUCCUUUGAAUCAACGUGUUUUAUCAUGUACAGCGCUUGUGAGAUAUGUUAUGUUUUAAAUACUGAAAUUAAUCAUUUUAGAUUAGUUUUAUGAGUUUAAAAUGCCCUGGUGAGAGUGAGGAUUUUCCACUUACGAAGCAGUUUUGUUAGUUUUUGUGGAAAAUUUCAUCACCAAUAAAGACAUUCCCAGUUAAUUACACCAACAUGGCUGCAGGAUCUCAUGAUGAUUGCUUUGCAUCCUCUCUAAGUCAUUAUUAAGCUGUAAUAAUAAAAUAAUGUGAAGAGCUUUCAACUCUUCCCCUCUUUCCACAUCCUGUAGGUCUCAUAACAACAAGCUACAGUCUUCUUCAGCCUCUUAGGAAGCGUCUGUACGUUGCAAAAAAAAAACAAAAAUGCACUUGCCAAGAAUAAUGGUGUUUCUGAACUGUGAGUCUGAUGCUCCACCGUGCAACCG